GUCAAAACAAACCUUUUCUACCUUCAUCGCACGGCGUGUGCGGUCAGGGGUUUUGUUUAGCUCCCGUGGAACGCGUGUUUUUCGUGGUGAAAAAGGGUAGUUUUCCGGCAGUAUCUGUAGUACACGUGCUUCAGAGCACUUUCAUAGGAAUUUGUGGUGUUUGUUUCGUUUCUGUUUCCCCUUCGUCACGAUGGUGAAGCGAAAUCACAAGUUCAAAUCGGGCGAGGGUGCCAUGUACUACACCCGGAAGGCCGCCAUGAACAAGCUGCAGCUCAACAUCAAAGACUUCCGGCAGCUGUGCAUCCUGAAGGGCAUCUAUCCGCGCGAACCGAAGCACCGGGCACGUGCGCAGCACGGUUCGCGCGAGAUGAAGAUCCUGUACCACAAGAAGGACAUCACCUUCCUGCUGCACGAGCCGAUCGUGUGGACGCUGCGCGACCGGAAGAUAUUCAACCGGCGCAUCAAGCAUGCGGCGGCGAAGCAGAACAUGAACCUGCGCGACAUACGGCUGCACAACUACCCGCAGCUGAAGCUGGACCACAUCGUGAAGGAGCGCUACCCGACGUUCAUCGACGCGAUCAAGGAGCUGGACGACUGCAUGACGCUGCUGUUCAUGUUCAGCACCUUCCCGGCGACGAAGAUCAUUACGCGCGAGCUGACGCGCAUGAGCCGCCGGCUGACGGUGGAGUUUAUGCACUACGUGAUCGCGGCCCAGGCCCUGCGCAAAGUGUUCAUCUCGAUCAAGGGCUACUACUUCCAGGCGGAGAUCAAGGGCGAAACGGUGACGUGGAUCGUGCCGCACUACUUCCCGUACUCGCCGCACCGCGGCGAGAUGGUCGACCUGAGCAUUAUGAAAUCGUUCGGCGACUUUUUCACCGUGAUGGCAGGGUUCAUCAACUACCGGCUGUACCAUUCGAUCAAUCUGGUCUAUCCGCCCCAGUUUGCGCACUCGCUCGACUCGGACGAAACGAUGGGCAACGAGCAGAAGUUUGUGUCGGAGCGUAUUGCCGCGCUGAACGUGGAGCUGCUGCGCUCGGACGGUGGCAACGGGGACACGGAAGAGCCGGAGCUGCUGGAGUGGACGGGCAACGAUGAGGAGCUGCCGCACGUGAGCCAGAUCCGGCAGGAGGCACAGAACGUGAACAAGCUGAAGACACUGUUCAAGGGGCUGAAGUUUUUCCUCAACCGGGAGGUGCCGCGUGAGCCGCUCGUGUUCAUCAUUCGCUGCUUCGGCGGUAAGGUUUCGUGGGACAAGACGAUGUUUGUCGGCGCCACGUUCGACGAGAGCGACGAAACGAUCACGCACCAGAUCGUCGAUCGGCCGAGCAUGGAGAAGCAGCACAUCUCGCGCGACUACAUCCAACCGCAGUGGGUGUUUGAUAGUGUAAAUCAGCGCCGCCUGCUCCCGACCAACAAGUACUUUAUGGGGGCCGUUUUGCCACCGCAUCUGUCGCCGUUCACGAGCGCGAAUGCGCGGUACGUGCCGCCGGAGGAGCUGGCAGCGCGCAAGGCCGCCGAAGGGGAGGAAGAGGAGGAAACGUUCGAGCCGGCGGAGGUGAAUGCCGACCAGGAGCACAUUUCGGACGACGAGGAGGUGCAGGACCCGGAGAAUGAGCAGGAAAUGCAAGACUACGCCCUGAUGAAGGCGUUCAACGACGAGCGAACGGAUUCGCUCAACAGUGGCAAGAAGGAAGGGGCGGAUGAUGCGACCGACAACGGUAAGGACGCAGCGGAAAAGAAGCAGCAGCAGAAUGGUGACGCCGAGUCGGACGAUGAGGAGGAGGAAGAGGAUGACGACGAUGGUGAGGAAGAGGAAGAUGUGAUGCCGAAAAAACAGAAACCGGUCUCAAACAAACCGAAAGGCAUGGCGGUGCGGCGCGGCACUGUGUACAGGGAGAACGAGGCGGAGAAGAAAAUCGUGGACAAGCAGGAGGAGGCACUGCGGGCACGAAUGGUAAAGUCGAGGCAUCGCAAGCUGUACUCGAAGCUGGUGGAGCGCGAGAAAAAGGCGGACAAGAACGCGCGGCUGCUGGCAAACAAGCGGGAACGCAUCGAGAAGCAGAAGCGAGCGGAGCAGAUGGAAAAGCAGAAGCAGCAGCGGAAGCAAAUUUUGGCCUGAAGACAAGGCCAAGGAGCGAAAAUGAUAAGUAUAUUAUAGUUUUAAGCGUACACACACAAACCUGAA